CCAUUUUUCUCCAACACCAACUGCUAUUCCAGCGAAGAAAGAAAAUAAAUGUCCUGUCGGAAGUUUAUUUUAUUCUAGAUGUGACCUUUAUGUGAAUUCACCUGAUUUGGAAGCCAAAAACCACGAGACACCAUGACUUGAACUUCAGUGAACUUCUACAGGAGCACAGCGGCACAGAGUGUCCUUCCCCUUCCUGCCCCUCUUCUCCUCCGACAGACUGCCGUCAGAGGUUUCCACCAGUCCCGCUCACUAGCCGUGGUAGUUUCCAGAAAGAGACCCUCGCCUAUCCCUACGCCUGAGGAGAUAUGGAGCCUCGAAACAGUCUGGGAAUGGAGCGAGCCUCUGUCACACUGGGGGUCCUGGUGCCGAGCCCACGGAGUGAAGCGGUGACCCAUGAUUUGGAGGAACUGUCUCUGCUGCCCACUCAGUGCCUUCCACCCAUUAAAGAGCGCAAGAACGUGCUGCAGCUCAGACUACAGCAGAGGCGCACACGCGAGCAGCUGGCACAGCAAGGCAUCAUGCCACCAUUGAAGACUCCUGCAGCUUUUCAUGAGCAGGUCAGAAGUCUGGAGAGGGCAAGGACUGAGAAUUUCCUGAAGCAUAAAAUUCACAGCAGACCUGACCGUGCUGAACUGGUUCGUAUGCACAUCCUGCAAGAAACCCAGGCGGAGCCUUCUUUGCAGGCCACUCAGAUGAAACUGAAAAGGGCACGUAUAGCCGAUGAUCUCAAUGAGAAGAUUGCACAGAGGCCUGGACCACUGGAACUGGUGGAGAAGAACAUACUUCCUGUUGACUCAAGUGUCAAAGAGGCCAUCAUUGUUGGAGAAGUGAACUACCCAAAGACACUGGAUGUUUAUAACUUUGAUGAGGACAGUAGUGACGCUUUGUCUCCAGAGCAACCGGCUAGUCAGGAGUCUCAGGGCUCUGCAUCGUCCCCUAUAGAGGCUAGAAUGCCUGAUGCUUCCUCUGUAUCGCCUCUGACUGGCUCCAACCUGCAGUUCUGUCCACCUACAACCCAGUAUACAGACUUCCUGAGUAGAACGUCAGUAGAAGAUCAAGCAAACAGUCGUGUAAUGACUGCCACUCAGCCAGUAACUGCUGCUACUCCCACUAAACCCGGACCAACCCUUGUGAAGCAGAGCCAGUCCAAACAGCCCAGUGACAAGAGCCGCAGCAAGAAGAGUAAAGAACCCAAACCACGGGUUAAGAAGCUGAAAUAUCACCAGUAUGUACCACCUGACCAGAAGCAGGAACCCAAUGAAGCCCCAAUGGACUCUUCAUAUGCCCGGCUGCUUCAACAACAGCAGCAGUUCCUGCAGCUCCAGAUCCUUAGUCAACAGCACUUCAAUUACCAGACAAUACUGCCGGUACCCCUCAAGCCUGUGGCUGAGAGUCAGAACAGCUACCCUAACAUCACCCUAAACAACAGCCCGACUUCAAUUGUGGUGUCUGUGCCCAGCGCAGCCCCUUCACGUCCCAACCACACCUUGACCAGUCGUAAACCAGGAGCUCUACCUGCUAACCUAGAUGAGAUGAAGGUGGCUGAACUCAAGAUGGAGUUGAAGCUGCGUGGACUUCCUGUGUCGGGCACAAAAACAGACCUCAUAGAAAGGCUUAAAGCCUAUCAGGAGAGCCUUCAACAUGCUAAAGCCAUGGACACCAACAUCUCCAAAUCUUCUCUGCAACCUGACAGCAUGAACAUAACUCCUCCCAUGUCACCAGAGAGGCUGGAGGUCUCUUGUGUCAGUAUGGAGGAAAGCAGGGACAGAACCACUAAAUCUCCAACCCACCCACCCACCGGCUCCUCGCCCAUCAAACCCAAACCUGAAGACGUGGCCAUGGAGAUCAAGGUGUCAGAGAAAGACCAACGCCUCCAUGAGAAGGAGCGUCAGAUUGAGGAGUUGAUGCGUAAACUGGAACAGGAGCAGCAACUGGUGGAGGAGCUGAAAAUGCAGUUGGAGGUGGAAAAGAGGAGCCAGCAGGGCGGAGGGCAGCAGCCAGAACCCAUAUUUCCGGUGCAAAUCAAAGAGGAGAACAGUGCUGCCCACAGCUGCGGCUCUGAGCAGAGUCCCUUGCCACAAACUACAGGUGUGAAACAGGAAAACCCAUAUGCUCAGAUGCAUCACGUCCCGGUCCAGCAAUUCUAUAUCAACACCCACCAAGUUCCCCAGAAGCCGGACCUGAUCAACACCCAAACUGCCACACAGAUCCUGCUGCCCAUCUCACUACCCGCCAACAUCAGCCUGCCCAGCAACUCCAUCACCACACAGGCGCAGACCAUUCUCCAAGCAACAGUUCCCAAUCUGACUCAAAGCCUCAUCCAAACACCAUUGCUGCAAAUGCAGACAUCCGACAAUCCAUCAGAACAACAUUCAAACCAGUCACAGUCUGCAAAUCAACCUCCCUCACCGUGUCAGCUCAACUAUAUCCUCCAGCCAUCCACGUUCCCCAAUCACCAUAGCCCAAAGAGUAAAGACCCGCCCCGCUAUGAGGAAGCCGUCAAACAGGCCCGCAGCCAGCAAGCCACAAUGCAGGUACCCACUGCUACCAGUCAGCACAUGGACGAUUUGUUUGAUGUUUUGAUCGAGAGUGGAGAAAUUUCUCCACUGACCAGGCAGGAUCACUUACCGGACAGACAUCUUCCAGUGACUGCUAGCGUCACCACCCUGCCCAUCAACACAGUGCUGUCACGUCCUCCCCCACAGAUACAUGUUGCCCGCACGCCCAACCAAUCCCACCUGCCUCCACCUAGCAUGGUGGCCCUGGCCUCAGAUAACCAGUUGGAGGCCCUGCUGGAAGAUGCUGAGCCACAAACCCUACGACUAAUAGAGGAGCUGAAGAACCAAAUGCUGGAGCCAAACUCCCCAAUGGACACUUCAGACCUGACCUUCACUGACACGCCAACCUAUGCAAUCCAUCUGCAAGACACAACCCUGGACAACAUGGAGUGGUUAAACCUGACGAUGCCCGGACCUGCUGGUAUCUCCUCUCCAGCUCCAGACUUCUCCUCCGAUUUCUUGGACUCAUCUGAUCUACAGUUACACUGGGAGUGA